AUGUAUUACCCUUACCGUACCUAUACUGAUUUUGGCGACACGAGCAAUUCACUUUCCGGAACCGGCAACAAUGCCAAUAAUAAUGCCGGAGCUACUAUUGCCCCUGGAUCUCAAAUCCAACGCGACACCCCCACUGGCGCUUGCACCACCGUCGACCCCUACUGGUGCCAAGAAUACGUAAAACAAAGCCUAGACUAUGAAACGAAAUUUGGCGGUCAAUCCCAGGCGCAAGUCUGCCAAAUGCUGAAGAAUUCCCUGGUUGAGGCGGUGAAUGGCUGUUGCCAGGCGUUGCGCGCUAACGGAUGCCCA